AUGGCCGUUAUUGACGCAUUGGACGAGUCCGAAAACGACGAUCAGAUUGAUAAGUCACGGCAACAUCUAGCGACGUUCCUUUUGGACCUUGCGGAGCACCCAGAAUCAUGUAUGCGGUUCAUCAUCCUCAGUCGGCCGUAUGAAUCCUUACAAAUUAUCUUUCGCGACUGUGAGCAGAUUGUAUUGGAGCAAGAGAACGAGCAGGACUUGAAGGAGGUCAUCGACAGAAAUUUGGGCUGGCUACGGCAUGCAAUCGAUCAAAGUCAUGACUUUGAAGCACAGAGUAUCGAGGCUUCGAAGCCAGACAGCCGCAGAAGGCGCAAACGACCACGAGAUGCUGUGUCCGCUACCACAACGAUACAGCCUGAUCCCGCUCUCGCUGCAUUGGUCGACGACCAGUUUCUAGCUAUGAGAGAUUAUCUGAUACAGAACGCGAACGGUGUCUUCUUGUGGGUGACCUUAGUACUCAAGGAGCUGCAUCAGAUCUCCAAAGAUGCAUUUUCGGGGAUCACGGACCUGAACCAAGCACUUCAUUCGCUGCCAUCCGAACUCGAAGAUCUUUACGCUGCCAUAGCUCGCCGUUUGCAGAACCGUGACUUCAAGAAGACUAGGCGGAUACUUGAUUGGAUCAUUGGUACUAGCCAAUCACGGGCGCUGACGCUGUCGAUGUUAUCUGAAGCCAUGAGCAUCGACGAGGAGAUCAACGUGGAAGCUUCCAUGACACCUACGACAGAUCCCUUCUUGGUUCACAAGCCUAUAACAAGACAGCAAAGCUGGGGAGUAUUCGCAUUUGACGUCUACGAUCAAUGCGGAGGGCUUGUCGAUGUUGUACCUCCUGACGAGGCUCGAAAACAAUUCCAAGAAUAUCAUGAAGAAGAGAUCAAUGAUCAAUGGGUCGCAAUCCUGAUGCCCCGAGGUCAUUAG